AUGUCAUAUACCAUGUCAAAAGAUCAUACAAGUAUAGAUUCUACAAAUGAUAGGUUUCAUUUACGGCCAGCGGAACGUAUGAAGGCAGUCGCUAGUGUGAGCGCAUUGAUUGGUGGUAUGACGGGCCUCUACGAAGGCAUAAAAACUUCAUCAUUACGAUAUUUGGCAGAAAACGGACACAGGUUACCUAGAAAUGUGGGCGGUUGGUAUUUUUAUCAUAAGAGAAAGAACUAUGUUAUGAUAAUAAAUGGAUGUAAAGAGGGCGUAAAGCUGGGCUUGAAGUUCUCUACAGCCGUUACUGGUUUUUUUGGAUUAGAAUGGUUCAUUGACUCUUACGUGAGAAACGGCACCAUCGACUUCUUGAAUACAACUAUUGCUGCAACGAUCUCAUCCUCAGUAUAUGCUUUGUAUCGAGGAUUAAGCGGAACCCAAAUGAGAAGCUAUAUGAAAAAAGGAUGUGCUUUAGGGUUAAGUUUCGGGAUAUCCCAAGAUCUAUUAAUUUUUGUCAGAGGUGGACAUAUUUGGUAUUUAGAUGGGUUAGGUAUUAAAAACCCAAGGAAAAUAGAAGAUUCUAAAUUGGAAGCUUGA